CCUCCCUCCCUCCCUCUCCAGCUAAUCCCUUCCCGAUUUCCAAUCCUCAAAUCUCCUCCUCCCUCCCCGUCGAUCGCAUUCGCUGCCGCCCACCACUCCGUGCCGCCCCGCCCCGCCCCGCCCGAGGGAGAUAAAGUCGCGGCCUUUUUCUUGCGCCGGGCUCUGCGAUUUCUUGGAUUGGAGCAAAGAUCGAUCCCCGGUCCCCGGAUCCCGGCGUCCGGUGGAUGCCCGUGCCGUUUCUUGGAUUUCUGGGAUCCAUGCUGCGUUAAGCGGAGGUUCGCCGUUCUUGUGGCGCGGAUUUGGGUGGGGAUUCUGGGGGAAGGGGACUUCUUUCGGAUUUCGUAGCGUCCUGUUUUUAAAUUUUUGUUGCAUUUCUUGCCCCCUGUGUCGGAUCCGUGUCCGCGUGGUUUCUCUGCGAUUGGGAGAGAGAGAGAGAGAGAGAGAGCUUGAUCCAUGGAGGUGCAGGGAGAGGUGGAUGGGUCCGGGGUGCCCCUGGCCGUGCUCCUGAAGCGGGAGCUGUGCAACCAGAAGGUGGAGAAGCCGGACAUCCUGUUCGGCGAGGCGAACAAGAGCAAGAAAGGGGAGGACUUCACGUUCGUCGUGCCCAGGUGCCACCGCCGUCCAGCUCCAGCCGAGGGUGACGCUGAGGGUACAGGCGCCGCCGCCGGCGCCAGCGGCGACGACGACACCAUCUCGGUGUUUGCGAUUUUCGAUGGUCACAAUGGAUCUGCGGCUGCCAUAUACACCAGGGAAAAUCUCUUAAACAAUGUGCUGGCUGCUAUUCCUCCAAAUCUAACAAGCGAGGAGUGGACAACCGCAUUGCCAAGGGCACUAGUUGCAGGUUUUGUUAAGACAGAUAAAGAGUUCCAAACAAGAGCUGCACGCUCAGGGACUACUGUGACUUUUGUUAUAAUAGAUGGAUGGGUUGUUACAGUAGCAUCAGUUGGUGAUUCCCGGUGUAUCCUAGAAUCUGCUGAAGGUACAGUAUAUUUUUUGUCAGCUGAUCAUCGUCUGGAUUCCAACGAGGAGGAGGUAGAGCGUAUAACAGCAAGUGGAGGUGACGUUGGGAGAAUAAAUAUUGCCGGAGGGGCUGGGAUUGGUCCACUCAGAUGCUGGCCAGGUGGAUUGUGUCUAUCAAGGUCAAUUGGCGACAUCGACGUUGGAGAGUUUAUAGUUCCUGUCCCACAUGUGAAGCAAGUAAAGUUGUCUAAUGCUGGAGGAAGGCUUGUCAUUGCUAGCGAUGGUGUCUGGGAUGCACUGCGCUUUCAGGAAGCUCUGAACUAUACCAGGGGACUACCAGCUGAAGCUGCUGCUAGUCGAAUUGUUAAAGAAUCUGUGAGUUCAAAAGGACUACGAGAUGAUACUACUUGCAUCGUUAUUGACAUAUUACCUCCAGAAAAGUUGAGCCCUCCAUUAAAGAAGCAUGGGAAAGGAGUCAUCAAAGCUUUGUUCCAUAGGAGGCCAUCUGAUGAAUUGGCUGAAGAUCAGAUGGACAGGGGUUGUCUAGAACCUGAUGUCGUGGAGGAAAUAUAUGAGGAGGGCUCUGCAAUGCUUGCUCAAAGGUUAAAGAUAAAUUAUCCGGCAGGAAAUAUGUUCAAGCUGCACGAUUGUGCAGUCUGCCAAUUGGAGAUGAAACCUGGUGAGGGCAUCUCUGUUCAUGGUAACGUUCCAAGGCAUUCCAGAGUUGAUCCUUGGGGUGGCCCUUUUCUUUGUUCAUCUUGCCAAUUGAAAAAGGAGGCUAUGGAAGGGAAGCAACAUUUGACAAAUUCUCAAUCGGCGGUCCAACCUGUGCUCAAGUAACCUCCAAUGGUCUUUGAUACUUCAGUGAAUACAUGCUAAUAUCACUAAGACACUAACAACACCUCUACCAAAUGAACCAGACUCUCCAUGAUGAUCUAUUGCCAUCACCAAUGAUUGGUAGACAGAUUCAAGAAUUUUCACCACUAACUUCUCAUAUUGAAAGAUCAAAAUGGUCGUUGGUAAGGAUGAUAAGAUAUGUGGUGCCAAUUAUUUGAAGCACCAGAAAUAUUUUUUUAGGAGACACGGUCAGUUUAUUUGAAGAAACAGCAACAAAUCCCUACAUUCAAAUGAAUCAGUGGCCUUAAGGUGUUCUGCCUCAUACAUGGAUUGGAUGCCAGCCCACAUAAGCUUGGUCUUGCUUCAUUUGGCAAUACCACUCACAAAUUCCUUAUAGUUCAAUCAUAAUUUUUUACAGGUCAUACCGUGUGGUAAGUGACCAUACGACUAUUCGUGUUUUGCCUCUCUCAUGAGCCAUGUUGUGUUUCCUCCCUUGUUGGUUCUUUCAAUCCGACAAUUUUUUUUUCUUUCCCUCUUCUAAAUGGAAUUGUACAUCCAGUUCUUUGCCCUGUGUAUAGCCAUGAGGCCUGCAACUAACACACCUACUGUAUUAAUACCACAAUGCUAUAGUUUUAUCACUGUAUUCAAGGUUUCUAACACAUAUUUAUUCCUUUUUAUGGAAGUUUUGCCUUCCCUUUUGUAGUUCAAUUAUUAUCGUUGAAUUAUAAUAUAAUUCUAAAGUUUGUACCGGUCAUGUUGUACAUUUGCCUGCCUCAUUAAUGAACAGCAUUCAG